UAUCGAUGCCCAAUGGCAAAAGUAAAGAAAGCAGCGUCUGUUUUGAUUUAGAGCACAUCAAUAAUAAAUAAACAAUUACAAUAUAAUAGUAAAACCAAUUAAAUAUGACUGAAUUUGGUGCGGAAUCGGGCGGACGAUUGAAGGGCGUCACCAUUGUGAAGCCGAUUGUGUAUGGCAAUAAGGCACGCUCCUUCGGCAAGAAACGUGAAGAGGAUGGCCAUACGCAUCAAUGGCAGGUUUAUCUGAAGCCCUACUACGAUGAGGAUAUGUCGAUUUAUGUGAAGAAAGUGCACUUCAAAUUGCACGAGAGCUAUGCGAAUCCAAAUCGCAUUGUGGUCAAGCCACCAUACGAAAUUACAGAAACCGGCUGGGGUGAAUUCGAGGUUGUCAUUAAGAUUUAUUUCAAUGAUCCCUCCGAGCGGCCGGUGACUUGUUACCACAUAUUAAAGCUGUUCCAGUCACCCGUCGUGGACGGUGAGCUAACCUCCUCCACGACGAUGGAUACCAAAAAGGGUCUGGUAUCAGAAUCCUAUGAGGAAAUCGUUUUCCAAGAGCCCACACAGAUUAUGCAGCAUUAUCUCUUGCUCUCCGAGCAAAGUGCCAAUGGAUUGCUCAACCAUGACACGGAUUUUGAGGAAAAAAAAGGAAAAACGCUGGACAACAUUGUCAACGUGAAGCAAAAAGUCAAGAGCGAGAUCGUGACUCUAAAGGAUAAGCUGAAACUGGCUCGAGAAACUAUUGUUAAAUUUAAAGCAGAGUUAGCUAAAGUCCAAAAGCCGCCAGCCUAAAUUCUUAAUUAAGAAAUAUUCAUUUUAAGUGUAUCUAAUAAAGUAUGUUGUAGAAUA